GGAACGGCUCCGAGCCUAAGCUCAGGCACUCAUCCUGUUGAAUAUUUCUCCCACUUUAUCUUGGUUAUCACCGUCAUUGCCCUCGACGUCAAGCUCGACUGCAACGCUACGCGACGUCUACAAUGCCGAUCAAUCAACCGUCGAAUCAGAUCAAGUUGACCAAUGUCUCUGUUGUGAGGUUGAGGAAAGCCGGAAAGCGGUUUGAGGUCGCUUGCUACAAGAAUAAAGUGCAGGAGUGGCGCAAUAGGAUUGAGACAAACUUGGAUGAUGUGCUACAGAUUGCAAACGUUUACACGAAUGUCUCAAAAGGCGAGCUUGCCAAGAGCCAGGAGCUCCAGAAGGCAUUCGGCACUACGGACAUCAAUACAAUCGUCGAAGAGAUCCUGAAGAAAGGCGAGCUACAAGUAGGCGAAAAGGAACGAGAGCAUGAUCUUUCAUCGGUCCGACGCGAGAUCGCCACCCUUGUCGCAGAGAAGUGUGUUGAUCCGGCAACCCAGCGACGGUAUCCCGUUGGUGUCAUCGAGAAGGCAAUGGUUGAGGCAGGCUUCAGUGCACGUCCUGGAAAGAAUGCAAAGAGCCAGGUGUCCGAAUGCAUCAAACUGCUGCAGACAGAAUCGAAGCUGCCGAUACAGCGAGCGCGCAUGCGCAUAUCCAUCUCAAUGCCCGUCGCUGAUUCGGAACGUCUACACGAUCGCAUCGUUGAAACUGCAGACACGGUGGAGAAGGACGAAAAGGGUAUUGAACGAUGGGAGACGAUCCUGCUGAUUGACCCAGGGCAGCUCCGCGUACUCAACGAGACGUUGCAGAAGGAAUGUCCAGGCCGGGGGCAGCUAGAAACCUUGUCCUUCGCAGCGACAGCCAGCGGCGAUGGGGUCACCGUUUGAGUGCGUAGCGGGUGACAUGCAGCCUUUGAACACUUAUACAAGCUUUGGUAACAUCGUCAGGUUUUAUCAGACGCCCUGCCAAUCUCGGUACAGGCGUAUGUGUCAGUUCGACUCGUGUUGUUGUAUAGAGCGCUCGAUGGGGUCAUUCCAGAGCACAUACAUUAUUCAUCAUGCCAUGACAUCAUUACGAAACAAAUCAGAGGCAAGCAAGCGAGAGGACAACCACUCAAUCACUGUAUCCCCAUACA